ACACUGAGUGUAUGUGUAUGAUGAUUGUUGCUCAUUUAAUCGGUUUUUCAAUUUUGUGUUUAUGUUACGUGUAUUUUUUUUAAUAAUUUUUUUUCGAAAUUUGGAAAUUAAUCUCAAAAUCAAGAUUCUUUUGUUGGACCGGUUAUUUCUUGGAUUGUAUCUUGCAUUGUUUGUGAUUAUUUAACCGAUUUUUUUUGGUGCUGGUGGCAAAUAGUUUUAGAUAGUUUCUUUUCAUUUCUAUUUUUUUUUUUUGGUGAUUUCUUGUGCUAAUUUCGAAGUACGAUAUUCUUCAGAUUUGUGCCUGAUUAUAAUUCUCUUCAACCUCAAGCAAUAAUGGCUGAUAAUUCUCGACCAGUUGAAAAAUCGAAUGUUACUAAUCAUAAUCGUAAUCAUAGACAGAAUAAUAUGAAUCGUCCACGAAAUACAGCUAACCAACGUACUCGUUCCAAUGAAAAUCAAUCUUUUUCUACUCGUACUUUUCAUAAUCAAAAACAUAAAGAAGAUAUAUCUCAACAACCUGGUCCAUCGACUGAUAAUCAAAAUAUUAUAGACGAUCAACGACGUACCGAUCGUCAUGAAAAUGGUCAAUCUGGUGAUAAACAGCAAUAUGCCGGGUUUCGAAGAGAAAACCCAAAACAACAUGUUGAUCAAAAUAAUAAAAAUGAUAAACGACAUACUGAUCGUCGUGAAAAGGGCCAAUCUAAUGAAGAACAGCUAGGCGAAGAAAUCCCAAAUCAACAUGAACGAUUUAAUAACAAUCAACGGCGUUUUGAUCGAAAUAAACAUGAUAAGCAGCAUACUGAUCGUCGUGAAAAUGACCAAUCUGGUGAAGAACAGCUGCACGGAGAAAUCCCAAAUCAACAUGAUCGAUUUAAUAGUAAUCAGCGACGUUUUGAUCGAAAUAAACAUGAUAAACGGCAUACUACUGAUCGUCGUGAAAAUAAUAGAGGUGAUGAAACUCAUCAACAAUCUAACAGUGGUAAACGACCCUUCAGACCAAACUUAAAUCAACAACGUCAUUUUAAUUCUCGUAAUAAUGUUCCGCGACCAGAAGAUAAUGAUCGACAAACUACUAGACAGGAGGAACAAGGUGCACAAAAUCAUGAUCAAACUGAUGGUAUUCCAAACUUUUCAACUCGUACUUUUGUCAGCAAUAAACACCGAAUUAAACCUGAAGAAUCGAUUCAACCGCAAUCUGAUCGUUCGGAUAACAAGCAAAGACAAACUGGCAAUAAUAGAGCUCAUCAACGACAUCCUGAUCGUCGUAAAAAUGUUCAUCAAUCUGGUAAUGAUCAACAGGAUAAUCGAUCUAACUUUCAGCAACAACCAACAAUGCAAAAACAAGAAGAAAGACAACUUAGUGAUAUUCGUAAUUCUGUUGCAGAAUCCUCCGAACAAUCGAAUGAAAUUGAUCAACAGAAUGGUCGAUCUAACCGUCAACAGAAACAAACAAUGCAAAAACAAAGACACCAACAACUUACUGAUGUUCGUGGAACUGUUCCUGAAUCAUCCGAUCUAUUAAAUGAAAUUGUUCAACAACGUAUUGAACCUGUGCCACAGCAAUUCGAUUUAAACAGUCUACUUAUUAGACAAACGGAACAAAAUUCUCGACCAUUGGAAUCACGACAAGAAUAUUUGAUAAUAUCUCGUAAUCCUUCCGUUCAUGAUGGUGUUUUUGCAAUGUUAAAUGUAGCUGCAAUUCAUGAUCUUCGAUCAUUAAAUCGACCAUGUUUACGAUUUCUUCAUAUGAAUGAUCCAAAAUGGGCUGCCUUUUUAAAUAAAGGACAAAAAAUAUCGAACGUUGUUGGAAAACUUGGUAAACAAUUUUUUGUUGAAAAUAACUUAGCUGAACUAUCCGGUGUAGAAGAUGAAGAUAAAGAUUUUUUAGAUGGAGCUGAAUCAAUUCAACAACUACCGAAUCAUUUAAUCGAAUGUCCAAUUUGUAGACAAUUAAUCAAUAUUAAACAACAAUGUAUUGCUUACACUGAUUGUUUACAUGCUAUGUGUCUUGAUUGUUGUAUCACUUGUAUUGGUCUUUAUAAAUUUUGUCCAGUUUGUCGAAAAUCAAUUGAUUAUCUGGUAGUAUCAGCAAGUCCAUUGGAAUCAUCUCAUUUGCGUAAUCGAUUGUUAUUUACAUUUUUGAAUACACCAAUUGGUUCGGUUGCAUUCUAUGAUAUUGAUCAAUAUAAAAUUCAAAAAUUAUUUGAUUCACUUCUUUUUAUUGGCUGUCCAUAUUCAAAUGAAUCAUGUCGAUCAUUCGAUGUACUUCGUUUUCAACAACAAGAUGAUAAUUAUUUCAAAUCCAUUGUUGAACUUUAUCAACAUUUUCGUACAACUCAAUGUCAUGGUAACAUGUUCAUUUGUAUGCUUUGUGUUACAACUUUACGUAUAAGUAAAAAAUAUUUGAUAACAUAUAACUAUGGUGAUUUUCUUAAACAUUUUAAAAAUGAAAAUACUUUACAUGAUGGUACACCAAUCAAACAUGUUCAAUGUCCACUUUGUAGCCGUUAUCUUUUCAGUGAAGAUUUUCUUUGGGAACAUUGUAAACGUGAUCAUUUAUCAUGUUAUCUUUGUCAUUCAUUUUUUACAAUUGAUCAAUCUGAUAUGAUUGUUCAUUAUAGACAAAAUCAUUGUUAUUGUAGUGUUUGUGAUAUGGCUUUUGAACCAUUUGAAUUACCAGCACAUAAAUCAAUACAUCCUAAUGAAGAUAUUAAUUAUCGUGCACUACCUGAAUCAUCUCAAUCACGACAAUUACAAGAAACAACAAUUACUAAUCGUGGCUAUAUUGAUCAAAUCGAUAUGGAACUACGAAAAGAAUAUAAAAUUGUGCCAUAUUUUGAAUCGACCAAUUUGCCAACAGCUGGACCUUCCGUUGAAAGUUAUUUGAUUAAUUUUCCUGCCAUAUCCUCAAAUGCUGCUAUGCCAAUGGUUCCAAAAUUGUCAAGUUCACGUAAACCAGAAAGUUGGUAUUCAGAUAAUUUUCCAUCAUUAAGUGGUAAAGCAUCAUCAAUGGCAAAAAUGAUGGGAAAAUCUAAUUUAUCGCAAACAAAAAGUCAAAACAUUUCUAAUAAAAAACAGCCCAAAGUACAUCAGCCAAAACAACAACGUUCAUUUUCCCCACCCCCUAAUCAAGAAUGGAUUCCUGAUAAAAAACCACAGAUUGAAAUCCGAAAGGUUACUUUAAUUGAUAAUGAUAAAGCAAUUCCAUCUUCAUCAUCUUCCACAUCACUUGAAACGGUAACUAAACAAAUUCAAAAUAUUGCUAUAAAGCAAAAAUUGGAAAAUUCCGAAGAAUUUCCUCCACUAGCAAUAUCUGAUAAUUCUUUCGAACAACAAUCCAAAAAACUGCCAAUAUCUUUUACAACAAUUCUGCAAGACAAUGAACGUCAACGUGAAGAUAAAAAACGUGAUCAACCAAAGCCAAGAAAAAAACCAAUUGUGAAUGAAUGGCCUUCGCUUGAUGGUGUAUCAUCAUCUCCAAACAAAAAAGAGGAUGAAGUUCUUCCAACAUUAUUUCCGCAACCACCGAAUAAAUCAAAAUUAUCGAUUGGAAGUAAAAAAUUUGAAAAGUUCAAUAAUUUUGAACGGCGACAAACAGAAUUGUAUGAAUAUAUUUUGAAUAUAUUUAUCGAAAAUGGUCGUUAUGAUGAAUUUAUAGAUAAAUUUGUAUCAGCUUGUCAAUUAUAUUACUGGAAUGAAAUUCCUGGCAUUGUAUUUAUUGAAAGUAUUAACAAAUCAAUUGGUUCAACAUCGAUCGAUAAAAGUGAUAUUUUUUAUCGUUUGGCUGCAUAUAUUCCUGAUAUUGAUAAACAAAAAGAAAUAAUGGCUUAUAUUCGUGGACAAAAAAAUAUUCGUGUCGAUGCAAAAAAAGCUAUAUCAAGUUCAUGUAAACGUUGUGGCCAAAUAUUUAUGAACGAAGAUAUAAAUGAACAUAGUUGUCGUAAGAAAGUGAUAAAAAAUGAAUGAAAAAAGGAAAAAUUUCUUACUUUUUACAGAUAAAUUUUUUUUCUCCAAAUUUUCAUUCUGAUUUUUUUUUUUUUGGUUUUGUUUUAACAAUAUU